AUGAUAAAUGCUAAAUACACAAGGAAAGUAAAGGACAAAGUGUCUAUCAAAUCAAGAAGAAGUAGUUCGGAUGCUUCUUAUCUACAGGGUGAUUAUUUCUUCAAGGGUGACUGCUUUGAAAUGGAAUGGAUUGAAAGAAGUAGGGGUAGAAAUAAAGGUCACUUAAAGAGCAGUCUUACUGCUACGAGACUAAUGAAGCGUUUGGCAAGGAAUGGUACAGUUAGUGCAAGAUGUAAAAUUCAAUUUACUAUUCUUACUGGCACCAUAUUAAAGAAAUCUGUAUUUACUACUGGGCCCAUAUUCACUUUUAAUGAAACGAGUUCAUUUUAG